AUGCACGAUCCUCUGAGAUUCAUUGUUCCUCUCCUCCCUGCAGUGGUUCAAGCAGCCACCACUCAUUACCAAGGUGGAACAAUCGUUGCUUUCGAUAGAGCCAACGAAGGACUUCGAGUAAUCAGGGAUGGCUCUAUCACAGUGACUGGUGAUACAAUCACUGAGAUUUCCGAGUCUCAUCCAUCAAAUAUCUCUGCCGACUCGCAAGUAGUCAACAUCACCGGUAAAAUUGUCACCCCUGGCUUUAUCGACACACAUCGACACGGCUGGCAAACAGCUUUCAGAACGAUCGGCUCGAACACAAGCCUAGUUGAAUACUUUUCCCGAUAUGGCGAGUUCGUGGCAGCCGGAUCCUGGACUCCAGAUGAUGUGUACAUCUCCCAGCUGAUCGGUCUCUACGAGGCCCAGGCUGCAGGAGUCACAACCACUCUUGAUCAUGCACACCACACGUGGUCGAAUGAGACAUCUGAGGCCGGUUUGCAAGCAAGUAUUGACUCUGGUGCAAGGGUGUUUUGGUGCUACACGUUCCACAACGUUACGAACUACACCACGACGGAGCAGCUCACCAACUUCAAGGACAUCGCCACCAGGGCUGAAUUCGCCAACUCUUCUACAACUCUGGGAAUUGCGUACGACUCGUUCGGUCCUGACGGCAACCUUGAGGAGAUCCACUCUAUUAUGUCUCUGGCCGACCAGUUUGACAUUCCCUUGGUGACCUCCCACUCUCUCCAAGGGCCGUGGCAGAUCACCAACUCCCCCGAGGACUUGCACAGUCUUGGCUACCUGAACGGGAGCCGGGCUGUCGUGCUCGCCCACGCCUCGUUCCUGACCGCCACGGGAGCCGCCCUCCUGCGGUCUACCAACCAGUACAUCUCCAUCACGCCCGAGUCAGAGAUGCACUACGGCCACACGCACCCCAAGAACUACUUCAUCCAGGACCAGGCAGCGCUGGGCGUCGACACACACUUCACCUUCUCCACAGACAUCCUGACGCAGGCGCGCAUCUGGCUGCAACAGGCCCGCUACAAGAUGUACUCUGACGUCGUUGAUCGCUGGAUGCUGCCCGCAAACAACCCGGGGAGCGUGAACCAGGCGUUCCUCCUCGCGACGCGUAAGGGUGGGCUCGCCCUGCGCAGGGAGGACCUCGGCGUCAUCGAGGAGGGCGCGAAGGCCGACCUCCUCUUCUGGGACGGCGACUCGCCCGCAUUGCUGGGCUGGGUUGACCCCGUCGCCGCCGUAAUCCUGCACGCGAGCGUGGGCGACAUCGACACCGUCCUCGUCGGGGGCAAUGUCGUCAAGAAGGGCGGCAAGCUCGUCGUUGAUGGGUAUGAAGACCUCAAGGCGCGGUUCCUCGAGACCGCGAGGAGCAUCCAGCAGCAAUGGAAGGACAGGCCGCUGCCAACCAUGGAGGUCGAGUCGUCGGCCAUGUCUGGUGACUUCCCUGUCAUGCAGGCUGAUAGGGCGGAUGUUGUGCGUGGCAAUGGGGACGGGUAUGGCGCUGUGUUUUUGUAG